AUGAUGACCUCAAAGCCACCUGCCGCGUUUCAGGCACACCAGGCCAGAAAGCGCCUGGAUCAGUUUUUCGCCGACUUAGACACCGGUCGAUAUGAUCCGAUCACUGGAAACCUUGUAGGUCCUCAGGUUAGCUGGUGGCACAUUCGCGAAUAUUUGGAACACUACACGGGCGACAAUUGUUACAUUUUUGACUGCUGCUCCGCUGGAUCCGGGGCUCUACGCGCCUACGACGGUGCAGAGUUCAUGGCAGCCUUAGUCUGGGAUGCAGCAUCGACGUCGAAUGUCCAUUUCUCCUUCACGCAGAUUCUCAUCGAUGAGCUUCGUCAGCUAAAGGGUCAGGCCGAGACGCUAGCUUGUAUCUAUGCUCGAAUUCUCCGCAAUGUGCAGCAGAAUCAGAUCGGAGCUUCACCAAUCCAUAUCCCUAAACUGGAUUCACCAAGCGUGACCAUCUACCGCAACCACUCGAGGCCGGUCACAAGAAGUAGCGAGCGAGACACUUACCAGGUGCUGCUAAGCGUCAAAGUCCGGGACGAGUUUCCCCCAGAGUCCACUCAAUGGAAAGAGUGGAUGACUCGGAAUGUUCUUGACAACGUCCUAUCCGCCAGGUUCACAAUCGAAGGAGCUUUUCGAGGUUCUAGUCUCCUUCUCUUCACCGUUCCCGUCGAGGUCUGGACAAUGAUGCCGGCUAAUGACCCAUCCUACACGUUUAUUGGGCACGUUAAGUCUCAUAAUAUCUUAUCCAACCAUUGA